GGAAGAUGUGUACUGAUUGAUUGAACAUUGAAGUAGUGAGCAAUUGCUUGUGCAAAGAAUUUAUUAAUAUUUAACGGUAUAGACGUUCGGUAAAGCACGUAUGAAUGGGUAACGGUUGGACACACCAAAUAUUGACAUUCAUUGGAUUCACGUGAAGUGAAUUAAUAAAAUUAUCGCUUACAGUGAGGAAUAUGAAUAAUCGGUUGGCGACUGGCGUCGAUGGGAAUCUUUGAUCACCAUGACUACUAUGGAGUCACGUGGUGAGUGGGGUUACGAGUCCAGCAGGCCUGUGAAAUCCGCGCAUAAGAUCUCCCUCGUGUCGCCAAGGAUGGACGUGGACAUCACUGGCAUCUCCACCAAGAACGUGCGCACACAUCUCAUCGACCAUCCACGUGACGAAGGACUCAAGCAGCGUGAGCAACUGUGGAACUUUCAGCAGAGGUACAGAGGAGCGUCUGUUGGACGCUUCCGGAAUCUGUCCGGUUCGAACGAGGACGAGCAUAAAUCAGAGCAAGAGAUCGCAGGAGCGAGAGAGGAGAGUGUAGAGGAGGAUAUUCGGCCCCUGCCGUCAGCACGCGGGAUGCCGGGAGACCAGUUGUCAUUGGCGAGCCGCUUCAAAAAGAGGCUGCACCAGAGGAACGUGAAACUCACCGGGGUCAGGUCUAAGGAGAUUCAUGGCGAUACCGGUAGUGCGAAACAUAGCGGAAGGGAGGUAAAAGAGGAAGACAAGCAAGCAAUACAGAGGUUGUAUUCGUCUGGCCUUGUUGUUAAGAAUACACUUUAUAAUCAGUUGCGGUGUUGUGGGAACAAUCCCGAAACAAGUGUUCAGUGCGGGGACAAUAGUAAAAUUCUAGAAGCAAUACAUAAGUUUGGAUCGCUGGAAAGGUUACCGGAUAUACAGUACCCCGGCACCAAAUCCGCUCAUCCUCAGAAUCUCAAGUUUUUGAAAAAAAUUAACAGUUACAACAAGCGAGUCAUUGAUCACAUUACGCAGCGCAAGUACUUUCCUCUCCGACGAUCUCUUACGAACUUUUCAGAUCUUGGUCCCCGGAAACGGAAAAUAAUAAUAGUGGCUAGACGCAACCAACAUGACGAUAGGCUCCUAAAAGUAGAUUGCAUGGACUCGUCAAACGAUGACGACGAUAUGGACAUCAUUCCAGCCGUCGAUGAUAGAUCGGAUGAGGAAAGGGCUAAUAUGAACGACGACGACGAAGAGGAGUAUGAUGAAGAGAUGAUUCUUAGUACAGAACUUGCUGAGAAAAUGCAUAUGAGAGACAGGGAACAACAUCGCCACGACCACGUGGAUAUUAAACACAAUGUCACACAUAUCAAUACUCAAGACGAUAUGGUUCUAGCUGAAAAACACUCAGAAGCGAUCCACAAAGGCAACGAACACUUACGAAUGGAAAGAACGUUUUUCUGUGAUUCAGUCGGCAGCUCAAAAUUAGAUUAUCUCAAAGGCGAUGUUUCCGCUAGGAAUAAAUCGGAGAACGGAAUAACGAGUGAACCUUUUGAUACAGAAAAGUGUCGAAUAAAUGUACGAGAAAGUUGGAAUAACACUAAAGUCGGGACUAAAGCUACAGUCAAAGAAGCGAACAAAGACCACACACAUAGUCAAUCGAGAUCUCAGACAAAGCAAGGGUCGCGACGAAACAACGAAAGCACCACUCAAGACACAGAAGAGAUAGACGAUGGAUUAGAUAUUCCAGAAGAUAGAAUUGGACCAACUACGCAUUCCAUUGACAAGAAACUCGCCAUACGUAGACCAUGGGAAUGGAAACCCAGUCCAUAUAGAUGGACUGACAAACCGUAUGUCAAAGAGAGUGAUAAACCUUAUAUUGAACGUAUCAUCAAUCGCGGUGAGAUAAUUGAUGAGUAUGAUUACGACUCAUUUGCCAGGACCCGACCGCUAAAGGUUCAGGCUUUCCCUGAUGGGGCGGGAUACAAAGAUAGGAACGGGGUAAUGCGUUGAAGUUUAACUAGUUUAAAACAACAUAAUAUAUACUGUGUUGCUGUCUAGGGCGUCGACAAUGGGAUGGCAGGGGCGAUGCAAAAGUCCUCUACAUGUAUUUAAUUUCAUCGUGAAUUCCACUGUCCUGUUGAAAAUGAAAAAUCGCGCCUAUCACUGAAUUUUUAGAUUUGGUUAUGUCGAUGCGUAUUACAAGAAAGAGAUAAGAUUAUGUGCGAUAUCUUUGUAAUGUGUGUUGUUAAAUCAACGAAACUGUCUAUAAUUCAUAACAUGUAUUACAAUUCUUUGAAAUGAAAACACAAAUUAAAAUGUGAAGGAUAUGUCGACCCAAUAUUGCAGACUUUCCUGCGUGUGGAUAUAUAAUUACUGCAAUGAAUGUACAUUUUUAAUUGUUUUGAUAAGCGUUCGUUUUUUCUAUGAGGCGACUUCUGUGAAGUCGAUGCGACUUUUCUAAGUCGAUGCGAAUUUUCUGAAGUCGACAACCCUAAUAGUGAAUGAUGGGUGGUUUAGCUGAUUGAAAGUUCGACUUUGAGGGUUAUAUUAAUACAUUUGACGUAGAUCUUAAAAUCUUUUUUUAGAAAAACUCCUUUAAUUGGAACACUAGCUCAAACCUAAUUGACAUAAUAUGGUUUAGGUUUAGUACCAUGUAUUCACGAAUUCUUACGAUUUUCAAGCAUUAUGGAUAAUUCUGUAUUUUCCUUUUUGUAGUUAGAGUUUAAGAUUCAUUGGCUUAAAUUUAAACAGACCUAUUAUAUGCCAUUUUGAGAUGUAACGGUGUACACCGAUAUACGUGCCUUUCCUAGUCGUACCGGUACUCAGAUUCUACGCAUUUUUUUUGUAAUUUAUAGUUUUAAUCGUGUUAAAAAAACAAUCAGGGCGUGUCUUAUCUACGUGUGUCUGGGCUGACAUCUAAAUAUAUAGCUAUUUUUUGAUAUUCAAAUAUGUAUGAGUGUAUUGAUUUUUUUUAACCACUGCAUAUGCAUGUUUUAUUAUGAUCGAGGGAACAAAUCG